CAGUUAAUAAAAAAGUGGUUUUCUGAGUGCAAUGACGGACAGAAAAAUAUUGUCUUAAAAGGAUUGUUAGUAAGUAUUCUUAUGCAACUAAUUAACUUAAUGUGCUUAAAUUUUCAUACAGUAUUAAACAAUAACAUUAAUUAAACUUGUGUUUGAGAUCCAAUCCCAAAUUAUUGUCUUCAAUAAAAAGCUUGGGCCAGAGUCUGGCAGACAUUCUAACAUUUAAAACAAAUUGAAUUUCUAAAGUUAAACAGAAAGUGAGAGGCUUUUGCAAACCAUUCUUUUAUUAUAUAUAUUAGUUCACCAAUGUCUAAAUGUGGAAAUUCUUGGUUAGUAGCAGGAAGCUAUUUACUAAGUAAUGUAUCAAUGUCCUUAAAAUAUGGGGGAUAACAUGUCAUUAAAAAUUAAACAACAAAAAAGGUUUUUAAGGAAUAAAAGGAAUGCUGAUUUAUUUGUUGGUAGUGAUGUCAUAAGAGUAUUUUUUUUAUAUAUUUGCUAUGGAAAAACUGAUCCCAAGCUUAUUGCUGGUCAUGAGUAAUGAUGAAUAAAUACAGAGUUAUUGCACAAAAUAUGUGAAUUAUAUGUGCGAAUCGUUUUUGUUCUCUAAAAUCUAUUGAAUAAAUAAAUAAAAUAAAGUCUUUCAUUUUCUACUCAGCAUAUGUGUGAACUCCCUCAACUACAUCUAUUGUCUGUGCACAUGUCCAAAGAGUUGCAUCAUGGAUGUCCAUCAAAUUGUGAAGAUAUUAUUACCUGGCUUCCCCCAGCCCUGGCAACCAAAGUUAUUUCUUAUCUUGACCCUGGUAAGUGAAUAGGAAGGGAAUUUUUUAUUAUAUUGGUAAUAGUAUCACCUGUUACAUUAUAUUGAAAGGAUACUAAUAGCUUAUUCAGUUCUCAUGCAUUGAUUGAUGAUUGAGAAUACCAUUCCUGUUUAUCAACAUCUUCAGUGGGAGCUGUGUGCAGGGUCAGGUCCUAUUCCACAGAUCUUUCUCUAUUGCUCCUUCUGUGGUUUUGCUUUCCCUGGGCUGUUAAAUUCAGUGCAGAUAAUGUUUCAGUUUAAUUUUAUUAAAAAUACUAGAAAUAACCUGACAAACAAUGAUAGCGGCAGUGUAUGAACUUCCAAUCUACUAAACAAAACUUGCACUCAAGUAGUGCACUUCAUAUGAGAAUCCCAAUUAGUACGAACACGUCGUUUCAGUUUCAGCCAUACACAUAUACCUUGAGAUUUAUUAUUUGUGAUUUUGUACAUAAAUGAAUUAAUUUAAAAUUAAUAUGUUUGAUCUUAUUCCCCCAUGAUAAUAUAUUCUUAGAUGCUAAUGUUACAAAUGAUGAAAGAUUUAAAAUUAUAUUUUAAAACCCACAAAAUAUGGGUAUCCUUCCACCUCAUAAAAAACAUAGCCAAGUUUCAUCUGACAUUAGUACAAAGUUAUUUGUAUUUAACACACAUUUACUGUUGUUAAAACCCACAGUCAGUUUGUGUCGUGCUGCACAAGUGUGUAAAGUUUGGCGUCAGCUUGCAGAAGAUCAGUCCCUCUGGCGGAGAUUUUGUUGUGAGACCAAAUGGCGAUUGUCUAAGGCAGCCGAGCAUAAACAGGUUAUCAGCCAUAUGUCCCCAGAAGGAAGCAUACAGGUGCUUAUAGUUAUAAAGUUUUUAUCUUAAUGCUUCUGUGUCACAUUGAUCAGUUUUGACAUAUUUAAUAGUAAAUGCUGUAAUUUAAUAUGACAGAAGUAAGAUUGGUUUAAGGACUUGUUAAGUCAAUUAAUUUAAUUACAACAGAAAUAGAAAAAUAAUUGUGUUUAUUUUUAACAGUGGAAAAAUGUAUUUGCUGAAAGAUUCCGAUUACGGAACAACUGGCUAAAAGGAAGAUGCACUGUGAGAACCUUUGAAGGUCAUUUACAAGGUAAUUAAAGUUCAAAAUUAUUUUGAUUAUAAAUUGUGUUGUUUCUUUUUUUUUCUUUUUUUUUAAAUAAUGUUUCACCAUUACUUUAUUGAUGACAUUUGAAGCUUUUAAUUGUUCAAGACUCUGAGAAUAUAUUGCUUCCUGAGACAUGCAGUUGGCCCUGUAAUGACAUGGUAGCCUAUCUUACAUAGGAAGUAGAAUGAGUUCUCAUGAUGUUCCUUGGGUUGCCCAAAGUGAUGAGUAAAAUAGCUGGAAGGAAUGGACAUUAACUAUUCCUGGGGAAGAGGGAUCCCUGAAUAGAAUAAGCUCGAUCCCUGAAUAGAAUAAUCUCAGCUGCUAAAGUCAGCAGAUAACUUGACUUGGAAUAUUUAUCAUUUAACUACUCUCUAUAGGCACAAUGGGCCAUAUGCAACAAAAAAGAAAAAAAUAUUAUUGACAUAAAUAAAUAGAAGAUGGAUAGAUAUGUAAAAAUUUAUCAGCAUAUAGACAAUAAUUGAAUGAAUUUACACUAGGAAAUGUUUUGAUCCCUGUUCAUAUAAAUAUAUAUGUUUCACCAUGUGUUAUUUAUUUUUAUUUCCAUCUUUAUAAACAUUGCAAACUGAAAUGGAAAUUAUUUCUACAUCUAUUCUCUAGGAAUAUCCUGUGUUCAAUUUGAUGACUCCAGGAUUGUUAGCGGAUCAUCUGAUAAGACCAUCAAGGUAACAUUGUCUUUAUUAUUUAUUUUUCUCAUUAAUUAUGUAGAUGAAAUAAGAUGUCAAAUUUGUUCCACUGGAAAUUUUACUUUCUUAGCCCUGAAUGCAUGGCUUAAAUUAGUCAGCUAUGUCAGAAAGGGAUUGAAAAAUAAAGGGGGAAAAACAACCAAAAUCCAAAUCAUAUUAAAAUUGUAGUUUAGAGGGAGUAUAAAGAGCUUUGAAAUGUGUGAUAAUAUUUUUGUUUACAGGUCUGGAAUAUGAGAACCAAUGCCCCAUGGUCAGUACAAACAUUAAUGGGGCAUCAUGGCACUGUUCGAUGUUUACAUCUUGAGGGGAACCGAUUAGUUAGUGGCUCAUGUGACAAAACUAUUAAGGUCAGUAUGUGAGAAAUAAAUUAAAUGGAAUAAAUAUUUAAACUCAAUUUUCUACUUUAAUGAAAAAAACAGAAAUCAAAAUACCUCUUUCAACUGCCCUAAAUACGUAGGGAAUAAUUUGUAUAAGAUUUACCAAAUUCUUAUUUUUUUUACAAUGUUAUUUUAUUUAUUGUUGAAUACUUCCCUGUCUGUUGGAAAGAUAUAUAGUUAUUCUGAUUUCCCUAUCAGCAUUGCACAGAGAACAAAGUUAAGCCACAGGAUGGCAGGGUUUUGUAUUGGAAAAAUUACUUUUAAUAUGUCUAAAGAAUUGAAAUUGUUCAUUUAAUCAGCAUAUGUUUUAUAUUUACUGUCUGUGUGUUUAUACAAAAUGCUGAAAAUGAAUAUACCCAGUGUAAUCAUAGCAAAAUUCCAUAUAUUGGAUCAAUAAAGGAAUCUUUGUAUUAUUAGGUUUGGGACUUGUCCACGCAAGAGAGCUGGUCAUCUAUUGCAUGUAAGGUGACCAUGACUGGCCAUACAGACACUGUGAGAUGCCUGCAGGUAGGCGUCCCUUGACAUAUUUAUUUUGUGGUUUGGUAUCCUGAAGUGAUGAUGUUUUUUUUACUGGAAUUAUAUUUUACAUUUUUUUUAAUGCUAUUUAAGUUAUUACAAAAUCAGUGUCAAGAUGUUUUUGACAUUUUAAUUUUUCAUUGUUUUUGCCAGGCAGAUGAUGACAAGGUGAUAAGCGGUUCAUAUGAUAAGACAUUAAAAAUUUGGGAUUUAAAAUCUGGGAAGCUGAGGAUCACUCUAAGGUGAUAUUUUAAAUUUGAUGGUAACAUUUCAUUUAAAACUAAUGUAAUUCAUUUGAUCUUUAGUUUCAUUGCAUCUAUCUCAACUAGGCAAACAAUACAUUUCUUUUUCAUAUUGCUAUUUAUUUUUACCUUGUUGUAAAUUCUUUUAUUUUUUUAAAAAUGCAUUCCAUGCUUAAUAGUUCUUAUUCUGGACACAUAGUCCUUCCUUAGAAAAACAAACAGAAUUGUAUGUUUAAAUAUUAUGUGACAUAGGUUCAGAUGAUAUUUCUUUUUUUCUUCUAAUAAGUUGAAAAGACAGUUUAGGAAAAAAGAUAACUAUCUAUUGAGUUGCAAAAACUAUUCUAAUGUUUUUAUCAUUAUAUUGCUAUUUCUUUCAGAUGUCAAAAAGGAAAUUAUAUCUCAAUAUGUACUUUAAGCUACUGCUAUAUCAUUAUAUCAUGCCUAGUUAGCUUUAUAGAAGAUUAUGGUAUUAUAGGUUUAUGGGUAAAAAUUUUAAAAAUUAUUUGAGAUCUCCAUUGUUGCCAAAAUUUAUGUUGCAUGUUUUUCUUAACAAUUUACAGAGGACAUCAGGCAUCAGUAUUGUGUGUUCACUUUAGUGAAACCAAAAUUGUAUCAGGAUCUGCAGACAAAACUAUCAAUGUAAGAAUAUGUGUAAAAGAGAUUUUAUAUAACAUCAUACCCUAGUUAACAGGGCUUUGCUCUUCAUCGCUGAUAUUUUUUUUAUAUAUUUAAGGCACCCUACAUGUAUUUGCUAGUUAAAAUAGUCGAUGCAUCAUUUUAAGAUGAAUUUCACUUACAUAAGAUAUAUUUGAAAUAAGUUUCAUUAUCUAGAGUUAUAGAGCCAUUUAUUCACUAUUUCCACACUGUUUUUCCUCCAGGUUUGGAACUAUGAGGGUCACUGUGUAAUGACUCUCAGAGGUCAUCAAGAUGCUGUUACCUGUCUUAUGUUUGAUUCCACAAGAAUAGUCAGUGGGUCCCUUGACCAUAAUCUUAAAUUCUGGGACAUUCACACGGGCAAAUGUUUAAAUACAAUUGACUGGAAGGAGGCAGAGGGUCACACAGAUGUAAUUAGAUGUCUUCAAGCAGAUAGUUGGAGGGUGGUUAGUGCCGCGGAUGAUAAAACCAUAAAGGUAUGCUAUACUUUAGAUCUGUAGUUUUUCUAAGGAUUAACAAUCAUAUUUUAAAAAAGGGUAACUUGUGUGUUUUACCAGGGAAGGUUAUUAUUUAUCUGAUAACAAUUUUAAAAACACCUGCAGAUAUUGUAUCUGAAAUCUUUGGAGUGAGUAAGAGUAAGACAUGUAACUACUAUGAUUGUUCCACAGGUCUGGAAUCUAGCAACCGGUGAAAGGCUGGUCACUCUGAGAAACCACACAGAUGGAGUUACCUGUCUACAGUUCAAUGACUUUAUAAUAGUAUCAGGAUCCUAUGACAAAAGUGUUAAACUAUGGGACUUCAGCUGCUGCUAGCACCCUCGAAAAACAAAAUUGGAUGGUUCUAGCACUAAAUUUCUUAAACCAAAUGGACCUGCACCUUGUGUUGGAGAAUGCUAGAACUCUAGUGAGAUGACUUGGUUUCUACUCUUCAGCAUGGUCAUAUAAUUUGCUACUUUGUGUAACUUUGUUUAUUCUAGGUCCAGAGGAAGGAAUUUUAAUUCUAGGGAAAUCUUGUACAUAUUCAUUUAGUAAAUCAUUGGAACA